GUGCUGACAGAAAGAAUGUUCAAACAUCUUCGGAAAUGGUUCGUCACUCACUUCUUUGGGCAUUCUCGACAAAGAGCGAGGCUGGUCUCCAAAGAUGGAAGGUGCAACAUCGAGUUUGGCAACGUCGAGGCACAGUCGAGGUUCAUAUUCUUUGUGGACAUCUGGACGACUGUGCUUGACCUCAAAUGGAGAUACAAAAUGACCAUCUUCAUUACAGCCUUCUUGGGGAGUUGGUUCCUCUUUGGUCUUCUGUGGUAUGCGGUAGCCUACAUUCACAAAGAUCUCCCUGAGUUCCAUCCUUCUGUCAACCACACCCCCUGUGUGGAGAACAUUAAUGGCUUGACCUCAGCUUUUCUGUUUUCUCUGGAAACACAAGUGACCAUUGGAUAUGGAUUCAGGUGUGUGACAGAACAAUGUGGCACUGCCAUUUUUCUCCUUAUCUUCCAGUCUAUACUUGGAGUCAUCAUCAAUUCUUUCAUGUGUGGUGCCAUUUUAGCCAAGAUCUCCAGACCCAAAAAACGUGCCAAGACCAUUACAUUCAGCAAGAAUGCGGUGAUCAGUAAGCGGGGUGGGAAGCUCUGUCUUCUAAUCCGAGUGGCUAAUCUUAGGAAGAGCCUCCUUAUUGGGAGUCACAUAUAUGGAAAGCUUCUGAAGACCACCGUCACUCCUGAAGGAGAGACCAUUAUUCUGGACCAGAUCAACAUCAAUUUUGUAGUUGACGCAGGGAACGAAAAUUUAUUCUUCAUCUCCCCACUGACAAUUUACCAUGUCAUUGAUCCAAACAGCCCCUUCUUCCACAUGGCAGCAGAAACCCUUCCCCAGCAAGACUUUGAAUUAGUAGUGUUUUUAGAUGGCACAGUGGAAUCAACUAGUGCUACCUGCCAAGUCCGGACGUCCUACGUCCCAGAAGAGGUGCUCUGGGGCUACCGCUUUGCUCCCAUAGUAUCCAAGACAAAGGAAGGGAAAUACCGAGUGGAUUUCCAUAACUUUAGCAAGACAGUGGAAGUGGAGACCCCUCACUGUGCCAUGUGCCUUUAUAAUGAGAAAGAUACUAGAGCCAGGAUGAAGAGAGGCUAUGACAAUCCCAACUUCGUCUUAUCAGAAGUCAAUGAAACAGAUGACACCAAAAUGUGA